GCCUCCUCUCCUCCGCCGAAACAGCUGGCUGUUGUUCGCUUCAGUUCAGAGGGAAAAGCGGCGGGCUGGAGGUGAUUGAAGCGCGAGCGCUAUAGGAAGAAAAGAGGCGGAGAGAGAAAGAGAGAAAGAGAGAGAGAGAGAGAGAGAGAGAGAGAGAGAGAGAGAAAGAGAGAGAGAGAAACUGAAUUCCAGCGAAUUAAUCACCGUCUGUUCCUGUGCGAGAGGGAGGCAGAGUCAAAGCAGUCAAACAGGGGAGAGAGGAGAGAGAGAUGGAAAGGAAAGGAGGAGGAGGAGGAAGAGGAGGGGAAGUGGUGCCUGACGCAGUGUGAGAAGCAGAAACUGAGAGGAGAGAGACGAAGAAGCGGUGGGGUGGGGAGAGAGAGAGAGAGAGAGAAAGAGAGGGAGGCAGAGCGGCAUCAUAUCAGACGCUGCUUUGCAUCCGAAAACAUCUCAAUCACCUCGUCAGGAGCCGGCGGAGCCCUCUUCCCGGUCACAGCUGCUCUCAGAGACCGCACGAAGACACACAGGACGCGAGCCGGAGGGUAAAACAGUCCAGAUAACAGAAAACAACAGCAAGAGACUCGGCACGUACACAACACCGCCAGGGGCAGCGCGCGCGGACCCGCCGUGCUGGAGGAGCGCCGUCUCCCCGCGUGCUGGCACAUCUGGAUCCAGAUCAGACACCUUCCACAGUGGACCAAUCCUCAGUCCUGCUGUAAACUCAACUUCCUCAUCAACACCAUUAUUCUAGCGGAACAAAGCAAGAAGCAAAAGACGAGUUCUCGUGCCGAGGGAAGACCGACGAGUGCCGAGGAAGAAUGAGAAGAGGAACCGGUCGAAUAAGAGAUGGCCUCAGGAGACGUGAAAACCGGUCUAGCAGCAGGACAAACUCAGCUUGCCAAUUUCCACCGAAAAUAAUACAUGUGGACUUUAUGUAGGCGAUAGAUGCUGUUUACUUACUGCCAGUAAAGGGCCAUAUCCUAGUGGAUACUCAUUUUUACUCUAAUCAGUCAUUUAAUAAUCCGAGAGGAAAACAAAAUUUGGCCAAAGCUUUCUAAUGACUGGAGGCUACAUGAAUAAAUGUUAAAUGGCAGGGAUCUCUGGUCGGAUUCCUCCGUCGGACAUUGUAAUGACGUCCCAAACGGCCCAGAGAACAGGACAGCUGAGACAUAGCAAGGCAGGAAUCUUAUCCACAACCUGCUCCUUCGUCUGCUGGCUCGCUCUGCUGUCGCUGCUCCGACUGCCGGCUGUAACGGCAGACUGCUGGCUUAUCGAAGGGGAGAAAGGCUUUGUGUGGCUGGCCAUCUGCAGUAUGAACCAGCCGCCUUAUGAGGCCAUCCCCUCCCACAUAAACAGCACGAUCGUGGAUCUGAGGCUGAAUGAGAACAAGAUACGGUCGGUGCAUUAUUCCUCGCUCAGUCGCUUCGGAAACCUCACCUACCUGAACCUCACCAAGAACGAUAUCAGCUAUGUGGAAGAUGGAGCGUUCUCGGCGCAGUUUAACCUGCAGGUUCUCCAGAUGGGCUUUAACAAAUUGAGAAACCUGACAGAGGGGAUGCUGCGGGGCCUGGGCAAGCUGCAGUAUCUCUACUUGCAAGCUAAUCUCAUCGAGACUGUUACAACCAAUACCUUCUGGGAGUGUCCCAAUUUGGAGAAUAUAGAUCUCUCCAUGAACAGGAUCCAGGUUCUGGAUGGCAGUUUGUUCUCUGGACUCUCCAAGCUGACGACCUGUGAACUCUACACCAACCCCUUCAACUGCUCAUGUGAGCUUCUGGGUUUUCUGCGCUGGCUUGCCGUGUUCCCCAACAGAACCAGCGAGCGGAUGGUGUGUGACUCCCCUCAAGGAUUCUCCGGAUACAACCUGCUGAGCCAGAACCCUCGCAUGCCAGCCCAGCGCAAUGCCCUGCACGUGCUUAAUCUGGUGUGCACAGACGAUGGCAGCAGUGUGACACCCUUCUACAUCUUUGACUCCACCACCCAGCUGCCAGACUUCGCCUCGCCCUGCGGACUGGAUGAUUGUGCCUCGGGGACGGCUCCUGACGAAGUGAUAAGCAACAGCCCUAACUUAAUAGACUCCAAGCCUCUCAUGACAAUAAAAAAAGUGGAACAUUCGAGUGCAGUGAUAACAGUUCAGAUUCCCUAUCUGUUUAAGAAAUUGUACAUACUGAUUCUGUACAAUAACAGCUUCUUUACUGAAAUCAAAACUCUGAAUAAAAACAGCGAGGAUAUUGAGCUGAAGAACUUGACACCUAACACGGACUACACUUACUGUGUGGCUUCUACAAGAUACUCCCUGAGGUUCAACCACACAUGUUUGACCUUCUCUACCGGUCGAAGAGCCGGUGCAGAGAGGAUUCGCAAUCAGUCAUCCGCCACGCAUUACAUCAUGACUAUAUUGGGCUGUCUGUUUGGCAUGCUGCUCUUCCUCGGUCUCGUCGUGCACUGCCUGAGGAAAAAGAGGAUCAUGGAGGAGAAGGAGAGAAAGAUGAACAGAAUCCAGAGGACGUUGAUAGAGCUGAAGUACGGCGGGGAAGGGGACAUAGAGGGAGGGAGUGGAGGAUCUGUCUCACAAAAGCUUGCUGUGGGCGAAAGCCUGUCCAGAAUGCCCUACCUUCCCCAGGGAGGCGAGAUUGAUCCGUACAAGCUUCAGGAGGUGAUAGAGACUCCAGGACACAAGUCUGCCAAGCUGAACUACAUGGAGGUCAGAGGCUCUGGCAUCGAAAAGGAACGGGAGCGAGAGAGAGAAAGGGAGAUGUCACCACAAGCCAAUCCCCAGGGCUCAGUAGCUGAGAUAUCCACCAUUGCGAAAGAAGUUGACAAAGUUAACCAAAUCAUUAACAACUGCAUAGAUGCUCUCAAAUCCGAGUCCACAUCCUUUCAGCAGGGAAUAAAGUCCCCCACAGCGGGUGGAGGAGCUGUUUCGACAGAGGAGCCACAACUGGUACUUCUGUCCGAGCAAGGAGAGAGAGGAGGCGAGUUCCUCUCACCCGUCUACAAGGGUGGAAGAGGAGGAAGAGAAGAACGGUUGAGGAGUUACCAUCCAUCUUUGCAACGACAUCACAGCAUGGAAGCUCCUCCGACAACCAAACGGCCAAGCACCUCCUCCUCUCCUGGCUCCGCCCGGAGCCCUCGCUCCUUCCGCUCUGAGGGAGGGUACCACUUGUCAGAGUCACGCUACAUCGAAAGAGCUUCACCCGGGGAAAGGGGAGGAGACGCCAUCCGCACCGUCAACCCAGCUGCGGCUAUCCUACGGGCCGAGGCCCAGAGGAUCCGUCAGUACAACGAACACCGCCACUCCUACCCAGGAUCACAGCAGCAUCUCCAGGAACUUCAGCAUCAUCCGCAAGUCUUUCAGGAGCUUCACCGCCACCCAGGAGGUCGCAAGCCUUCUGUGUUGGAUCCCAUCACUCUCAGCAGGCAAGCAAAGCAGCGGGAGUUAGCCUACUCCCAGCUGUCACAAAAUUACCCGCUCUCACCCCAAUACCACAACCUCAGCUACUGCUCCAGUCCUGAGGAAGACGAGGAGGAGGAAGGGCUCCUGUGCACCCCGACCCUAGGGCUUUGGGAGAGGUUCAAAAUGCACCGUAAAAGGCAUCGGCAGGCAUCCUUAGAGGACGAAGGAUAUGUGGCAGCUGGGCAUGCACUGAGACGGAAGGUUCAGUUUGCCAAGGAUGAAGAUCUUCAUGACAUUCUUGACUACUGGAAGGGUGUAUCUGCCCAGCAGAAAGCUUGAUCCCAUAUGUGAAGUUGCCAAACACCUUGAACUCAGUAUAACACCCUGCAUCCACAACACACUGAUACAAAUAUGUGGAUAUUUUCAUCAAAGACUUGUAAAUAUACACAAACAGCUUAUGGGAUUUACAAAAAAAUCACUUUGCACACACAUGUUUACACACGCCGAGACACAAAACACACAUGCACACAUUUUACACAAACUAAGCCUUUUCCUCCUGAAACGGAUGAGGACCAAGCUAAUAUACCUAUUAUCGUGAACAAAAAUAUGAAUAAAUUAUUGAGACUGAGACACUUUUUUUGUAAUGUAAUGGAAAUUAUAGCUCAGACUUAUGUAGCUAUUUGUAAGUUUUGAAAGAAGAAAUGUAGAAUCAACAUUAAGAGUAGAAAAACCCUAAAUGUGGUAGGAAAGCCCAUUUUGAACAACCCAGUGAUGCUUUGGAUCCUUCCAACAAACUCAAACUUCACAGAGCCAUAAUAAUUACUCUCCUAAAGCUGAGCCAAACAACCAGAAAAGCAACCAUUCAUAAUGAAUGUACAGUGUUAAUUCAGAGGUUUUCAUUCGCUCAUGAAAAAUAACCCUAGGCUUCUAAUUAUUCAUUUGGUCUUUUCUUUUUCAGGGUGGAAUGAUUAUACAACAAGUAAGCAGACAUUUAUUGUCAAAUUUAAAAGGCAGCCGGUCACUCUGUUUUUCAUCUAUUUUAGUGUCAAUCUGAGGAAAAGCUAAGACAUUUUGAGUAUUUCUUCCUCAUUUACUAUACCUUGUGUGAUCUAGCAGUUAUUACUACUGAACAGCAACAAAAAAAAAGCAGUGGCACAGCGCUGCCUUUGCCAUGGCUAACAGAUGCUACAGUAUUUUUAUGUUUGAAAUGCCCUACUUAACUUUUCGAAACAUCCCUACUGUCAGCGUGACAUCAUAGCUUCAUCUUUUUGUCAUCUGCACAAGCAAUUUGUCUUUGAAAGGCUGCUGAGAAACUAAUUUCAAGAGAGGCCGGCUCAUCCAUGUUGUAAAACUGAGAACGAAUAUAACAAUAUAAGAAACACAAAAUCGAUACAACUAAAACGGCAGCAUAACAAAGCGAAAGGCCAAACCGUUUGCUAAAAGGAAAAUAAAAAAUUUCAGAAUCUUUUCACUAUUACAGAAAAAAAGCAGCUUUGAAGCACAUUCUCCAUUUUGCUCGUUUAUUUCCCAUGUGAUAUGUGAAAAGUUUAAGGUAUCAGGUUUUUUUUUUCUCAGAAAUAACUUAAUAUUUUCAUAAGAAAAGGUAAAACAUACAAACAUUGUGUUUUAUGUACAGAACAGUGUACAUAAAAAUCAUCCUUUGGACUGUUUAGGAGCAACAUGCUGACAACAGUAAACAGAGGCAAAAGUGAGAAACAAGAGUCAUUUUAUAUAAGGAGAAAAAUGUAGAAAUAUUUUAAAAUAUGAUGCCUUACAUACAAAUAGGAUUCUAUUUUUUUCUGCUAUAACGCCUACAUUAGUUUGUAUUCUAGAAAGCAUUACUAAGCCUAUUUUAGAAAGCCACUGAUUUUCUGCACUGAAAACAGAUAUAAGUCAGUCUAAACUGAAUGGACCUCAAAAUACUGACUCAGAAUCUUCCAGGUUAUGUCAGGCUUGUUUUUUUGGUGGUUUUGCGGUUGUUCCUGAACAUGGAAGCUGUUUUCAUCUCGUCUAAGACCGUUUGGGUCUUUCACCCUGACCUUGGCAGACUGGUGGCAAAUAAUAACUGGUAAUAAGUAAUAAAAUCCGUAGCAGUUUAGAAACUAGCAUUACUUAUCAAAAGAUUGAACUCAAUGGACAGUCAUAAACUAAAAUAUUGCUGAAAAGUCUAUUUUCACACCUGGACUAAAUUGUUGGCAACUCGCUGCUAAAGACAGAAAACCCCCAAAUGGUCACUGGAAUAACUUGAAGCUGACAAAAGAAAUUAAUUUUAAAAAUGACUAAAAUCUGACCAAUGAAAAUAAGACAUUGCUUUUAAAAUCUGGUUCAACAGAAUCAUAAAAAAAAAACAGCAAACAAUGAAACAGGCCUGGACAAAAUGACAGUACCGCUAGAAAAGAUUGAAAAUAAUGUUCAAGCACAUCAGCUCUAUCACACCAAUAAAGAAAAUAGAUUUUUAAUACUGAAAUGUGGGACUAACCUCCUCACAGGUUAGUAUUUUGCCCACACAAUUCCUGUUCUUUAAAACCACGGCAGCUGUAGGUUGUGUCAUCAUUCCACCCUUAAAAAUUAAAUCUCACAAAUUAUUUCGCUGACGACAAGAGUAUGCAAACACGUGACCGCAGCUGUACUCCAACCAGAGUUUGGGAGAUUUAAAACAUCAGAUGACAUGGUUCUGGAUGGGUGACCAAUCAGCAGUAAUAUUUAAAUGUGUGCUGAGACUGAGUAGGUAGCUCUCAUGAGAGAGUGAGUAUAAUGUGCCAAAUCAGCCGAUGGGGUAGUAGAGCCCUACUGUGUAUUAACUUCUUCUCACCACUGUUUUUAUAUAGAGAAAUUUAAAAAAAAAAGAGGGUAAAAUAAUAUAUUAUAAUAUGUUGUUAUUAUUCAUUAUUCUUAUUCUCAUUACUAGUCUUCAUAUUAUCCCUACGAUCCUCAGCAUCAAUAUUUUAUUAUUUGAAUACGUCAUGGCGAUGUUGUGUAACCGUGUUUUUGGACUGUUUUGAAACUCUCAGCCGAGAAGUGCUUAAAAACAGAAACCAACACAACAGAGGAGACGCUUGUGUCCUCCUUUUCUACCGAGAGGAAUAUGCUCUGUCCUCUGAGCCGAACAAAAAAAAAAAACACACACACAAAAAAAAAAGCAAAACACAAGCCAGCCUUUUCUGUUGGUGAACUUCUACUACAUGUGCUCUUUGUCAUCCUGAAAAGAGAACGCUGUACAGAAGAGAAAAGUUCUAUAUUUGCAACAAAAGUGACUGUUUUGUUUCUACAACAUGGCUUUGAAAUCCUUCAGACUUUUCAGAAACUUCAGAGUCCCAAACUUAGCCACCCGUCCGCUCACCCGCACUGGUGCGUUUUUGAUUUUGAACCCGAACUCAAAAAUUUUAAUCCUCUAAUGAAUGUCUCCAGAUUCCCAUAUGGGGGAAGCCAAACUGCACUGUUCAAAAUCAGAAAACGACCGUGAUUGAAAGACCCAAAACUCUCCGCUUCUUUCCCGACACACUGUAGCUCCACUGUGUUUUAUAAACUUUUCAUUUGAAUCCCGAGUUUUUAUCCUUCUUUUUUUAUUAUUAUUAUUAUUUUUUAUUUUGGACUCUUCUGGUUCCACUGUGGUGCCAUAGUGCCAAACUUGAGAAAUCACAGGUAUUUAAAACUCAUCUCGAAUACUGCUAAACACUGACCUCUUCUGCUACACAUGGCUAAAGUGAACUAGGAUUUGCACAAAAUGAUCCACCGUCAUUGGCUCGCUGAAUCCCCGCUAUCCUCAAAAUCAUUUUUAUGACCAAAGUACUGUGGUAGAUAAUUGACUCUUACGCUCUUCUAACCAGGACUCAGUCCUGCCCUUACAGUUACUACAUCAUCAGCACACACAUCUCAUGCUCAUAGAAACAAGCGGAAGAAUGUAUUCUUUGAGAUGUUAUUUCUCUUCUGUCGCUGGAUUAAAGCGUACAAGCAAAAAUCUAACCGGCUCCGUUUACAAACGUCCUUCAGAUCGCAAACAGCGGUUCAGAACUGGAUACUACUAAGAAAUUAUUGCCAUUGUUCACAUUAAGUUAUCCAUGGAGGAGUUUUUUAUUAGAGCAAGGUUUUGUUUUUAUAUUUUUUUUUGUUGUAAAAGCGUUAAACUUUGAGUAAAUGUGGUUAGAAGAGGUGAUGUUUACUGUAUCUAAAUUAUCUGCACGAUUAAGCGAUAUAGUUCAGAGUGUUUGGAAGUGGGCUUCUAUGGAGUUGAGGUCAGUAGCUACAAUCUUACCUUGCAACAAAAAGAGCUCACAAUCUUCAAAAGGUUAUUGUUUUCUAUCUUGUCAUUGUUAACCUCACAGAGCAACACAACUAAAACAACAGGGCGGUUCGUAUUGGGAGUGAUGAUCUUCAGUCGUCUGAAGAACCUCACCAAAAACAGCCAAUCAGAGGCAGGAGGAGGGUCUUAGCGCUGUCAGUCACCUUUGUGUGCACGCUGCUAAAAGUGCUAAUGGCGGAGAAACAACUUACAGUCACAGGAAAACCAUUUAUCCACCAUAAUGGGGGGCUAUGCUAACUAGCUUCAGCAUGCACUACAGUCUCAGUAUAAUAGAGAGCAAGGAGGGGAGGGGGAAAUUGAGCAUCGCCACAUGAUAUUGUGAUUGACAGCACUAAUACCUGCCUCCUGGCUCUGAUUGGUUGUUAUGAGAAGGCAGAGAAGCUCAUGACAUAGUGACAGCUUCAACAAAUACAUAAAAAAAUAUAUUCUUAAUACUGCAGCUUUUUGGGGUUAUCUGACCUUGCUCUAGUUGGAAUUGGAAGAGGUGUCCUUACAUGGUUGAAAGUCUUUGUUUCUUGGAGAAUUAAGAGAUUUUUACACUUUAAGGACCCAAAGCAAACCCUGAUGUCCCUUAAUCUACAAUACAAUCAGGAAGCCCAGACUCAUCAGGCUCCCUGACAGGGAUUUGUUACUCUAGAAUUCAGUUUUUUUACUUUCCAUUACAACUGGUAAUGUAAGGUGUGGAUGCACCAACUCAUUUACCAUUAAGUUCUCUCAGCACAUUAACUGCAGAUAAGAUAGUGACUACUGAGUAAAACUCCACAGAAUCCACUUUGAAACAAAAUUUCCAAACUAUAUCCCUUAAAUAUAAAAGGUUUUAAAAGGCAUUAAACGAGGGAUGGAGUCAAAACUUAAAUCACAUUUAACAGAUUUUAUAUUAAAUAAGCCAGUAUUCACAUGACUGAUUAUAAUAUAGUAAAAAUUAAAAUGAGAACACAUUCACAGUGGGCCAUCUUUGCAAUGCUUUCUGGUUUGAGGUACAAAAUGACUCCAACCUUGAACAACAAGUGAACAAUCAUAUUUUUGUUGUUUCAGAAACGGUGUAAAAAUAUUCUCUGCUGUAAUGUGGCCAGAAUGCUCAAGUAAUUAUUCCUGAUGAAAAUCAGUGGUGGGCACCACCAGCUGAAACAGAUGAGAAUAAACAGUACGGUAGUUCUACUAACAGUAAAUUGUUAAACCAACACAGUAUUUAGCAAAAGCUAAAGCGCUAACUUAAACCAUAUUGAAUUACACACCUACCUGUAAGGUUUGAGCUUCAGGAAGUGAUUCUUUGGAGCAGAUAUUUUACUCUUCUCACUUUUCUGGUUGUUGAGUGUUGCUAACGCUGUUGCUGAUUUUGCAUAAUUGAACACGGUAGGUCUUCAAAGCAUGCAGGGCACCAGUAGAUUUUAAACAGUUUACUGCAAAACUACAGGCUGUUGUAGUUCUACAGCAAUGCAUUGUGGGUACAGAAUAAACAUAUUUUGCUGCACCACAGGUGGAGAGCAGGAGUAGCAUCAUUAUUCCUGAAUAUUCUGGAAGGACGUGGAAAACUUUUCUUCAUCAAAGACAUUAGAAAAUGACUUUAACAAAUGGGGCUGUUCUAUUUGAAAAGGAAAAUAUUUAACUUAGUGAUACAGAACAUUUAUGUAUGUUUAUUAUUAUUUACAGUAAAUAUAGCUACACCUCCAAAAAGCUGCAACAAAAACCUAAGUUCCAGAUUUUCUUAUCUUAAGAAAUGUUAAGGAUUCUACAUAAUGUCUAUAUAGAGUUUUUAAUAGCAAGUUUAAAUGUAAAGAUAUUCACAUACAGUAUAUGCCCUCAAAAGGUAGAUCAAUUUUGGAAUUGCUAUUUACAUGUUCUACAAUGCCUUAGAUAUUGUUUUGUACUGUCCUAAAUGCACUAAGAGCAUUUAAGAUUUUUAAAGUUAGCAAAAGUGCUAAACCAAAAAUUAGCUCCGCUAUUAGCGGAAGUGUGCCCACCACUGGUUACAUUCAUUGGUUAAUAAAACUCCCCGUUUAUAGGACUGCACAAAUACGUAAUGUGAUUCAAAGGUGUUUUUUUAUUGCUGGUGUUUAGACAGGAGCAGCAAUGAAAUGGUUUCUCUGUCUGAGUCUUACUGAUGAGAAAACUGUUGAGCUGCAGUUGCUUCUGUAUUACACGCCCCAAAUUCUGGUUUUAACCGAAUAACAACAAACAGCCUUAAAACAUUUGAUUUUCUGUUCAUGUUUUUAACUUUAACAUUGCUUGUAAAAUAAAAGAAUAAUAAUAUAUAUUAAAAAAAACUACAUACGAUCCGGGUUGGACUUUUUUUAGCCGCUUGAAUCUUUAGCCUUACUUGAGCAUUCUUUGCGUAUCGGUUGUAUAAGUGUAGCAAUAUACUAAACUGCUGUUUUCGUUUGAAGAUUUUUUUUUUCAUUGUAUUUAUGAACAGCUUGGAUUUGUCGCGUGUCGGACAGAGAGUAGCCGAGCUUAGACCGAGACGCCAAUGAGAAGGAGGAGGAGGUUCAAGCAAGCAGACAACAGCGACCACAAUCAGUGCUGCUAACCUUUGACCAUCGAUGUACAACUGUAAACUGUUUGUUUGAAACAACAGUUCCUCGGAUGUGGAUGUGAACUGAUGCGUUAUUGACGAGUGACACACACGGCAGUGGGGAACCUCAGUGGAAGCUUGUGUUAUAUUCUUCUCGAGAACGACUCAGGAGAGAGAAGGCGAGAGAAAUCCUGAAGAGGGAGAACAUGCUCUACCGCAGGAUCUCGGAGGCUUUAUUUUCUUGUUGAAAAAUGAAAAAGAGCACAAAUAAAAUCGCCUUCCUUAAACCCGU